UCUCCCUCUCCCCUAUUCGCUGGCGGACGGGCGCGAGGGUUUGAAGCGGGAAAAGCGUUGUUGCCAUGGAGACGCGGCCUAGUCGCUGCUGCCGAGCGGCGCCGCGGCCGGUUUGUUCUAGUCUUCUGCUUCUAUUCGUCAAAAAGCAGCAAACACUUUUGGAUGGACAGAGCCUGCGCUGAAAACUUGUUUGAGACUUUAGCUUGAAAAUGGCAUCAUGUCUUUAUGAAUGCCUUUGUGAGGCAGAACUUGAAAAAUACUAUCCCCAUUUUGCUGCCUUCGGUCUUCAGAAGAUUGAUGAACUUGCCAAAGUUUCCAUGAAAGAUUAUACCAAACUGGGGGUCCAUGACAUGAAUGACCGCAAACGACUCUUUCAGCUCAUUAGAAUAAUCAAAAUUAUGCAAGAGGAAGACAUUGCAGACUUAAGCAAGCAAGAUUUUCAACCAAGUGGUCUUUUCAUUCAGCCCCAGGUGACCAGAUCAGGUCCUCGUAGACAGCUGCGUUUUGAGUCCUUCUUUGAAGAAAAUGAUGGAGCAGUUAAAGACUCUGAAACUGAAUCAUAUGGUUCAUCUGAUUUCAGUGCCAAUGACGAGAAGAACAGUGUAGGGGAAAUGUUGGGACUCAUUCAACCACACGAUUCAGAGCUGAUCAGAUUAACUAGAAGAGACCUAAAUACUCCUGGAAUAUGCACAAAAAAGGACCUGAGCUGUCCAACAGUUUCUGAUGAUAUUGCUCCUCUCCUGGGGGAUUCUGAAGCUCCUAUCAUACAAAGAAUAACUCAUAUUUCAGGGUAUAAUUACGGACUACCUCAUUCAUGUAUCAGAUCCAGUACUUCUGAAAAAGAAACUCCAUGGACAGAGAGUGAAAAAAUCAGAGUGUGUGUCCGAAAACGUCCCCUUGGCCUGAGAGAAGAGCGACGUGGGGAGGUUAAUAUCAUCACAGUGAAAGAUAAAGAAACCCUACUUCUCCAUGAGAAGAAAGAGGCGGUUGACCUCACACAAUAUAUUUUACAGCAUGUUUUUUAUUUUGAUGAAGUCUUUGGGGAGUCAUGUACCAAUCAGGAUGUGUAUAUGAAGACAGCUCAUCCUCUCAUUCAGCAUAUUUUUAACGGAGGCAAUGCAACCUGCUUUGCAUAUGGGCAGACUGGUGCUGGCAAGACUUACACCAUGAUAGGUACUCAGCGGAACCCAGGACUCUACGCCUUGGCUGCCAAGGACAUCUUUAGACACCUGGAAGCAUCACAGUCAAGGAGCGAUCUGCUCGUUUUGAUCAGUUUUUAUGAGAUCUACUGUGGACAGCUUUAUGACCUGCUAAAUGGAAGGAAGAGACUUUUUGCAAGGGAAGAUAGCAAGCAUGUCGUUCAAAUAGUUGGACUGCGAGAGAUUCAGGUGGACUCUGUAGAUCUACUGUUGGAGGUGAUUUUGAAGGGGGGAAAAGAACGUAGCACGGGAGCUACUGGGGUCAACUCAGAUUCCUCUCGAUCUCAUGCUAUCAUCCAAAUCCAAAUUAAAGACACCGCCAACAGGACAUUUGGAAGGAUAUCAUUCAUUGACUUGGCUGGCAGUGAAAGGGCAGCUGAUGCCAGAGACUCAGAUCGACAAACAAAGAUGGAAGGAGCAGAAAUAAACCAAAGUCUUUUAGCACUAAAGGAAUGCAUUCGGGCGUUGGAUCAGGAACAUGCGCAUACUCCUUUCCGGCAAAGCAAAUUAACUCAGGUGCUGAAGGAUUCUUUCAUUGGAAAUUCCAAGACAUGUAUGAUAGCCAAUGUAUCACCUAGCCACAUAGCUACAGAGCAUACCCUGAACACUUUACGAUACGCUGACAGGGUCAAAGAGCUGAAGAAAGGGAUUAAGUGUUCUACCCCUGUCACAAACAGGCAUCGGACUGCUGGAAAUGUAUCUCCAAAACGUGUCCAAAACUCUGCCUCUUUGCCACCUGGUGAAAAGAGUUCUCCAAAGAAAGUGAAGUUAGGCCUCCAGCAUCCCUCAAACGCUACAAAAACAAAGGCCUGUCCUGCAACACCUCAGCAACCGAAUGUCCCUUUUAGCUCUACCCCCAAGGGACUCAACAAAACACAUGCCUACAAAGGAAACCCUAGCUCACCAUGGUUCCACCAUGCUAGCCCAGUUAAGGGAGUCCUACGGAUAGCACAUCCCCUGAAGAAGAAAACUGAUGAUCUGUCCCCUCACUCUGAAAAGAACCCCGCUGCGAAGGAUUUCAGCAUCAAAAAUGCUGCCAUGGCAGAAACAAAAGAGAGUGGCCAGAGAGACAAGUACGUGCAAGACAGACCACCUGUCCAGUGCCUGAAAGUCCAGACAGUACAACCUGUUCAGAAACAGAUUGUUUCUAGAGCUGAUUUUUCCUUUGGAGAUGGAAAUCUGCCUUCUGACGGCAGACAGGAAUGGGGAAACACCUAUGCUAAACAAUGUGUUGAAACCUGGCCAAAUCUGCCUCCCUUUCAGAAGGAAAGGGAAGAGCAUUUGCGUCUUUAUCACCAGCAGUUUCAGCAGCCACCUAUGCUACAGCAAAAAUUGAACUAUCAACCUCUUGAGAGGUUUUUAAUGCAAUACAAGCCCCAGGACAUCCAAGUGAAGCAGGAGCUGAGCCUUGCUCCCACAGAAGUACAGAGCAAAGAGGGGAUGCAGCUGGAAGAUCUGGAUGACAGUGAUUUCAGUGAAGAUUCUUUCUCACCUGUCUGUAGUCAAAAGAGCGUGAAAAGAAGAAACACCAACAAAUGCAGUCAACAUUCAUUUUUCCUUCAUCAAAGAGAACAAGGAACUGAAGAAGAGCAAAAAGGCCAAAAGCGACAGGACUUAUUUUUUAAACAUGCAAUACCCACACAUGAACAUGAACUAGAUGACAGCUGGGAUUGUAGUAAGGACAGCCCAAAGACAGAGGAAUCCAUUAAAAAUGCAGACUGCAACAAAACUCCAACAGACUGGAGCUAUGACUUAUCUAUUGAGUCCUCUCCAAGCAAUACUGCGGAAAAACCUUACUGCCUGCAAGAAGAUCCUGCUUGUAACUGGAAAACUGGCAAAGAUUUCCUAGCUGAUCACAAACAGUACAAAUCCAAGCACAGAUGUCUUGUUUACUCCAGUGAAGCCACCUUAACUCCAGAAAAGGAUGCUUCAAACUCAUAUGUUUCUCCUGUACUGAAAUCGGGAACUCCAGAGUGCAAAGAGAUAGACCUCCACCAUGAGGAGAAGGAAGAAUCCAAUUUGGAUCGACAACCUGCCCUUGCAGGAGAUGUAAAAUGGAACGCUCAAAAAAAUAGUGUUAACCAUCGUGGAUCUUCCAGUUGUUCUGCAGAAUUCACUUCUGAGCUAAUGGCCCCUCUCAUGGUAUCCCUUCCUGAUUAUGAGGAAACCACUGAUACAGACACAGCGUCUUCUAACCAAGAGAAGUCCCCCCGUGUGAAGCAGGUGUCAGACAGGAACACGCAUGGCUCCCAGAACAGGUUUGAGGAAGAAGGCUGGCAGUGUACGAGAAGCAGAGCUCUGACAGACAGCAUGCUGGAACUAGGGGAGCAAAUGCGUCAUGGUGGAAGACACUGUACUCUGCUGCAUUCCCCACAAAGAGGGGAAAAGUGGCGUUCACCCGCCUGCUGUGAUGUGAAGCCGUGCUAUUGCCUUUUAGGCUCAGGUUCAUCAAAGAAAGGAGUUGUUCACAGAUUAUUUGUUGGACGUGACCUGACAGAAACGUCUGCAGCUGAAUCUACAGGCUCCAGGGGAGAGAGAGAGGGUGGUUCGUUUCUCAGUACCUCAAUGUGCAAAGAAUACUCAGGUGGCAGACAGUGUGGUGCUGAUGUUAAAGAUAGUACUGGUAAUUCAGGAAAAUCUAACUCAAAUCAAGGACACAGUGCUGAGCUUAUGGCUCAGGAAAUGAAUGCAGAUAUACCUGAAAAGAGCUAUUUUUCAGGUGCACCAUGCUUUCUCAGGGUGGGAAAUAUGGAUUACGGAGCCCAGUCCCCCUCUCAAGCAAGCAGCCUGCUGUUGCAGCCCAAGUCGGGACCGAGGAAUGAGGACUUCAGUCAUUUUGAAGACCCAGACAAGUCAUCGUUCAGCAAUGAGGAAAUGGGUUUGCUAAAAAACAAGUUAAUGCAGAGUAAUUUUACCCAAGAGACUUUUGCUGCGGAUUCAGGAUCUGCAACCAAAGAUAAUAAGCCCUUAACAAAUGCAAAAAGCCCCUCAGGCAUGUCCAGCAGCAGCUCUCUGAGUGCUACACCAGAGAUGGGAAAAUGGCAGAGGGAAGCCCUAGAAAAGGCACAACAGGCUGUAAUUCGGGCCCAUCGGCAGCAGCUGGAUGAAAUGGCAUCCUUGUGCUUCAAGGAAGAGUGCUUGAUAAAUCAGAUGUCAUCAACGGAUUUUCAGAAUGUCGUGACCAAGCUGGAUGAAGUCUUGGUGCUGAAGUCAAAGUGUAUCCAAAUGAUGCGAGCCCAGCUUCAGCUCUAUUUAGCCUCUCCUGGUGCUGACGCGUCCCUGCAAACACCUCCUCCAGUUUAAACUUUCCUUGCUUGCACGUGCACCAGAACAGCUACGGAAACAGCCAGCCAGUGUUUCGCCACACUUGGUGCUGCAGAGUGUGGGUGGAUAGGGGAUAGAUUUUGGCUUGAUGUUUGUGAUUGAUUAGUGUGCAUUUUAGAUAAGGAUGGAGAGAAUUCUGAGUAAAUGAGAGACGACUGCUUGGCACCACAAGCUUUUGUAUUUCCUUAAUACCAGCGUUCUUAAGAAUAACAAUUCAGCAGCCUUUAAAUAUCUCACCAAGCAGCAGGAAGUCCUGUCCACAGUAUUCAUAGCAGCUUCUCACAUGUUAAAGCCACUCCAGUAUUGCCAAGAAAAAGAGGAGGAAAGAAAAAACACUUUGAAGCCAGACACAGGACUGAACAGAAAUGCGCAAAAGCUAUCCAGAAAAGUGUUUGCAAACAGAAGCCAAGAAAAAGAGAGAAGCCACUCUUUGUUAAGUGCACUAACGUACCUACACCAUGAGUAAAUGGAAGUCAAGGCAGGGCAAGACGUGCUGUUGCUUUCAGAAAGAGGAAGGCAAUUGUCACUUUCGGUUUUUGCUUGGGAUGAACACUCCAGAGCUCCUGAAAGAGGUGGUUUAACUCAUGGGUAAUGAGUGGUUUAGUAGGGACUUUGUACCAAAGGUUUAUCUAGAGUGUUAAUAAGCAUGUGGGUUUCAUCCUGCUGCCAAUAGUGAGAGGCCAACAGCUUACCUGCCACAAGCGACGUCUGAUUUCUGCACCACGGCACAGCUCAUCAUCUGGGUCAACGGAAUUGAUUUUUCACAUCAAACAGGGUCUGGUUAGAGGCAGUGGGAUUUCAGAAGCUGCUAACAGUGCUGUUACGUGAAGCUCAAAUUUGAAUCAAGACCUACAGCAUGAUCAGCUGCAGCCCUGCAAAAGCUCUGCUGCUGUAUGCAUCAUAUCUGAGCUGCAAAACAAAUCUACUUGCUGAAGCCACAAGUGACCUUGAAACAUGCUCAGCUGACAACACGCUGCGCGAGUGCUCCCACUCCAAAAUUAGGGCUGUCGCAGCACAUUCGGCCAUCUCAGUGUCUCCUCAGUAAUGCCUGUAGUAGCUCAAUCAAAGCCUGCUCAGUAGCCAGAAAUGCCAAGGGUAAGGGAACACGGCUGUCUGACCAGCUGUGAAUGUUGCUGCCUGCUUCUACAGCUACCCCGAAGAGCCCAGGUUUGGCCGAGCAGGGAUACAGUAAUCGCAGUGACACUUGGUUAUCUGGGUUGCAUAUUUGGUGCAAACACUCCCAGGAAUGUCACACAGCGUAGCCCUGGGGAACAGACGUGCAAGGGGAGGACUUGUAACAGAAGAAAGUCCUCCAUCAGUGCCCUGACUUCUUGUUUUGUUUUUUUUUUUAACAUUGGUUAGUCCCCAUCUUGCAAUUGAGACUGGAUUACUCCAUGCAGCAGAGAGCAGAGCCCCUGCAGGGUCUGAGUUUAUGGCUUUCGAGGUGGCUCCUGUGUCCAGGUGACAGGCCAGCGGCUAGUCACACCUGAACCCAGGUCUCCCAGCCACCUGCUUGGAAGCCUUCCUCACCCAGAUAAAUGAGGCUUCUAGGAGCAACACUCUCUGUGUCAGCCGUGUUUUGGUAUUUGUGCACAGCUUGACAGCCACCAGAGCGCCAUAAAGCAGUGGGACACCCAGCGUCUUGUUAAAGCCAUGGAGGGAAGAGCAGGCAUCCCCUUUCAGUCAAGCAACUCUUAAGAGAGCCUCCCUCCACCUCCUGGGGUCAGGGAGAGCUUUCCCCUGCGUAGAGGGAGGAGAAGACGUGGUGGUUGGGUAGUCCUUGCACCUUCUGAAAGCAUAAAUGGAUGUGAGCACUUAGAGCGGUUUCCCCACUUCCUCAGUGAGGAUACAGAAAACAGAGCUAUUGGGGAGCUGCCGAGGAGUUUCACAACUUUGUUUGGAGCUGGGCUGUAGGAUGCGCGCACAGGUCAGAGGAAGAGAUGCCCAGCCAGUAAUGCAGUGGUUAGGGAGGAAACCUUCACCUCCACGUACUCCGACAUUUGGGAGAUGAGUUGAUUGUACUUUCACUUUUUUUUUUUUUUUUUUACAGAGCAGCUCAGCAAAGUACAUUCACAGGC